CCUCCUCCUCCGCAGCCGCAGCUCUUCCAGAUGGCGACUCCGCAGCUGGCACCUUGUCAGCGUCCCGGGGCAGCUUAUAUCUUUUCUCGGAGACCCGCCUCCUGGGCUCCCUGGCUCGGGUCAACGCCACACCAGCCAGAGAGAGGAGGAGGGAGACAGAGAGGAAGGAGGGGAAGGGAGGGAGGGAGAGGAGGGGGUGGAACCCUGCAGAGACCUGGAGGAGGUGGCCACGAGCUGCUCACGCCUGGACCGUGUACAGUCUGCUGCCAGAGUUUGGGAAGAUUUCAGAGGACACAGAGAAGCCUUGCAGACCUGGGAAUCUGAUCUGAGUCUUGGAUUUAGAAUUUGGCCAAGUGCACAGGAGGUGGAGAGGGCGGUGUCGACAGGCAGAGCUGGAUGGAUCAAGCCUACGUGUGGUCAAAGGAGCAGAUGGCAGGACUGAAGCACUGUAUGAUGGGGAUUGUGAAAGUUAGGGUUUGAAAUGCAACUUUUUUGGCUGGAUCCUGAGUGCCUAGCUGAGCACUUUGGACUCUAACCUGGAGAUGCCGGAGCGUGUACAGGACAAAGUCCUUUCCAAAUCCAACUCACAGCAGAUGGAGCACAAGCCAAAACCAACACACUGAAAUGCCGCAGGCAAAGUGCAGAGGUCCACGUGUGCCUGUGUUUGUGUGUGUGCUCACAUACAUCUGAUCCAAGAUGGGCCGAUCUGUCUUAUCACUAUUUGACUUGAAGAAGGUAACGUUGUUAAUGUAUCAACAAGCUCGGUCUGGGUCAGUGGUGUGAUCUGGCUGGGAAGCCUGCCUUUCAGGCUGCUGCAGCAGAGCUGAGCCUCCUGAACAAAAGCCAUGCUGGUAUACUGUUUUCUUCCCCCAAGUUCAGAAGAGAACUGCUUCGCUAAGGACAUUCAUCCAGGAGCUUCCUGAGAUUUUUCCCAGGGGCAGCUUUUUGUCUUGUAUUCUAUUUCCAUCCAGAUUUUUCUUGGACUCAGAGCCAACUUGACUUUCUCAGAUCAUUAUACUUCACACAAAAUAUUCUAAGCCACCUGAGGUGACCCUUUCAAAAGCUGUCUGAGUGGAAAUGUAUUGAGAUGUAUUGAUACACAGUACAACUGGAGUAACCAGUUGCUCCGAUUUGCCUAGAACUGGAAGGUUUCCUGGAAUGUGGAACUUUCAGAGUUCAAAGGAGGCCCCUGGGCUAACCAAGAUGGCUGAUCACUGUGCCACACACCCACAUCGUCUCCUUCAGGACGUGCUGCCACCUGCAGUGGUUUUUCUCAAAGAGACUGAGGUGGAUACGCGUCUCAGUCUUCUGUCCAGGGUGGUCCAGCACACAAGAGAAAGCUGAGCUCUACCGGCCUGGAGAAAGUACCAAGCACAGUGCCUGGCACAAACGUGAGAGCACUGACCAUGCCAGAAAUCCUGUCUUCUCAUGGCCACCAACAUCUGUCCGGCGCUUCCAGCAUACGGUGCCCCCUCCAGCCUCCUGGCACCCACAGACAGGUGAGGUCCUCUCUGGGGACCACCCCAUUGACUGAAGAUGACACCACUUCUUCUCCUGUGUUUUGCUUUGCCCGGCCUCCUGUGUGCCCAGCAAGCCUGCUCCCGUGGGGCCUGCUAUCCUCCUGUUGGGGACCUACUCAUUGGGAGGACCCAAUUUCUCCGAGCUUCAUCCACCUGUGGGCUGACCAAGCCUGAGACCUACUGCACCCACUACGGUGAGUGGCAGAUAAAAUGCUGCAAGUGUGACUCCAGGCUGCCUCACAAUUACAACAGUCACCGAGUGGAGAACGUGGCUUCCUCCUCAGGCCCCACACGUUGGUGGCAGUCACAGAACGAUGUCAGCCCUGUCUCUCUGCAGCUGGACUUGGAUAAGAGAUUCCAGCUUCAUGACAUUAUGUUGGAUUUUAAGGGACCCAUGCCUGCCGGCAUGCUGAUCGAGCGCUCCUCUGACUUCGGCAAGACCUGGAGGGUAUACCAGUACCUGGCUGCAGACUGCACCUCUGCCUUCCCCAGGGUCCGCCAGGGCCAGCCUCAGAGCUGGCAGGAUGUUCGGUGCAAGUCCCUGCCCCAGAGGCCUAACGGGCACCUAAAUGGGGGAAAGGUCCAACUUAACCUUAUGAAUUUAGCAUCUGAGAUUCCAGCAACUCAAAGUCAAAAAGUUCAAGAGCUGGGUGAGAUCACAAACUUGAGGGUCAACUUCACCAGACUGGCCUCCGUGUCACAGAGGGGCUACCACGCACCUAGCGCCUACUUUGCUGUGUCUCAGCUGCGUCUGCAGGGGAGCUGCUUCUGUAACGGCCAUGCUGAUCGCUGUGCCCCCAGACCCGGAGCCCCUGCAAGCCCCUCCACUGCUGUGCAGGUCCAUGAUGUCUGCGUGUGCCAGCACAACACCGCCGGAGCCCACUGUGAACGCUGUGCGCCCUUCUACCACAACCGGCCCUGGAGCCCUGCGGAGGGUCAGGAUCCCCACGAAUGCCAAAGGUGUGACUGCAAUGGGCACUCAGAGACAUGUCACUUCGACCCAGCUGUGUUUGCUGCCAGCCAGGGCACACACGGAGGUGUGUGCGACAAUUGCCGGGACCACACAGAGGGCAGGAACUGCGAACGGUGCCAGCUGCACUAUUUCCGGAACCGGCGCCCGAGCGCACCCAUUCAGGAAGCCUGUAUUCCCUGCGAGUGUGAUCCAGAUGGAGCAGUGCCAGGGGCUCCUUGUGACCCAGUGACUGGGCAGUGCGUGUGCAAGGAGCAUGUGCAGGGAGAGCGUUGUGACCUGUGCAAGCCGGGCUUCACCGGACUCACCUACGCCAAUCCGCAGGGCUGCCAUCGCUGUGACUGCAGCCUCCUGGGCUCCCGGCAGGACAUGCCGUGCGACGAGGAGAGCGGGCGCUGCCUGUGCCUGCCCAACGUGGUGGGCCCCAAGUGUGACCAGUGUGCUGCCUACCACUGGAAGCUGGCCAGCGGCCGGGGCUGUGAGCCGUGUGCCUGUGACCCACGCAACUCCCUCAGCCCCCAGUGCAACCAGUUCACAGGGCAGUGUCCCUGUCGGGAAGGGUAUGGAGGCCUGACCUGUAACGCCGCAGCCAUCCGCCAGUGUCCGGAUCGCACCUACGGAGACAUGGCCACGGGAUGCCGAGCCUGUGACUGCGACUUCCGGGGAACAGAGGGCCCAGGCUGUGACAAGGCCUCGGGCCGCUGCCUGUGCCGCCCUGGCUUGACUGGACCCCGCUGUGACCGGUGCCAGCGAGGCUACUGUGACCGCUACCCAGUGUGUGUGGCCUGCCACCCUUGUUUCCAGACGUAUGAGGCAGACCUCCGGGGGCAGGCCACGCGUCUCGGCAGCCUCCGCAACGCCACUGCCAGCCUGUGGUCUGGGCCGGGUUUGGAGGACCCUGGCCUAUCCUCCCGCAUCCUGGACGCAAAGAGCAAGAUUGAACAGAUCCGAGCGAUUCUCAGCAGUGCCUCGGUCACAGAGCAGGAGCUGGCCCGGGUGGCCAAUGCCAUUUCCUCCAUCAGACGAACUCUCCAGGACCUGCAGCAGGAUCUGACCCUCCAGGAUGAGACGGUGUCUCUCCCAGGAGACCUGGGAAGUCUGGACAGAAGCUUCAAUCACCUCCUCAUCCUGUACCAGAGCAAGAGGGAGCAGUAUGAAAAAAUAAGCAGUGCUGACCCAUCAGGAGCCUUCCGGAUGCUGACCACAGCCUUCCAGCGUUCGGCCCAGGCUGCCCAGCAGGUGGCUGACAGCUCCCGCUUGCUGCACCAGCUCAGAGAGAGCCGGAGAGAGGCGGAGAGGCUGGAGGGGCAGAUGACAGGAGGAGGGCAUGGUGCCAGCAGUCCCCAGCUUGCAGCCCUGAGGCUGGAGAUGGCUACUUGGCCUGACCUCACACCCACCAUCAACAAGCUCUGUGGGGGCUCCAGGCAGACGCCCUGCACACCAGGAGCGUGCCCUGGGGAGCUGUGUCCCCGAGACAAUGGCACGGCCUGUGGCUCCCACUGCAGGGGUGCCCUGCCGAGGGCUGGAGGGGCCAUCCGGAUGGCAGGGCAGGUUGCUGAACAGCUGCGAGGCUUCAACGCCCAGCUCCAGCAGACCAGGGAGAUGAUCAGGGCAGCCGAGGAGGCCGCGUCACAGGUGCAGUCAGAUGCUCAGCGCCUGGAGACCCAGGUGAGCACCAGCCGCUCCCAGAUGGAGGAGGACGUCCGGCGCACGCGGCUCCUCAUCCAGCAGGUCCGGGACUUCCUUGCAGACCCCGACACCGACGUAGCCACCAUCCAGGAGGUCAGUGAGGCCGUGCUGGCCCUGUGGCUGCCCACAAACUCGGAGACAGUCCUACGGAAGAUGAACGAGAUCCAGGCCAUUGCAGCCAGGCUCCCCAAUGUGGAUCUGGUGCUGUCCCAGACCAAGCAAGACAUUGCACGGGCCCGCAGGCUACAGGCUGAGGCUGAGAAGGCCAGGAGCCGGGCCCAUGCAGUGGAGGGCCAGGUGGAGGAUGUGGUUGGAAACCUGCGGCAGGGCACGGUGGCACUGCAGGAAGCCCAGGACACCAUGCAAGGCACUAGCCGCUCCCUUCGGCUUAUCCAGGACAGGGUUGCUGAGGUUCAGCAAGUACUGGGGCCAGCAGAAAGGCUGGUGACGGGCAUGACGGAUCAGCUCGGUGACUUCCGGACACGGAUGGAGGAGCUCCGCCGCCAGGCACGGCAGCAGCAGGCACAGGCUACCCAGGCCCAGCAGCUCGCAGAGGGUGCCAGUGAGCGGGCACUGAGUGCCCAGGAGGGAUUUGAGAGAAUAAAGCAAAAAUAUGCCGAGUUGAAGGACCGGUUGGGUCGGACUCCCAUGCUGGGAGAGCAAGGCAGCCGGAUCCUGAGCGUUAAGAUGGAGGCAGAGGAGCUGUUUGGGGAGACCAUGGAGAUGAUGGACAGAAUGAAAGACAUGGAAUCAGAGCUGCUACGGGGGAGCCAGGCCAUCACACUGCGCUCGGCGGACCUGACAGGCCUGGAGAAACGUGUGGAGCAGAUCCGCGACCACAUCAAUGGGCGUGUGCUCUACUACGCCACCUGCAAGUGAUGCUCUCCCCUGGGCCCUGGCUCUCUCUUCUGCCCCCUUUGAUUUUGUGGGGAGACAUCAGGUUGGAGUGUUUUCUAUUCUAGGAAACCUUCAUGCAGCCUCAAGCACACCUGUGACCUCCUGGGUAGGGCUAUUAUGAUUGCCCUGGGCAGCAGCUGCCCCUGGGGAGAUAGAGAUGGAGCUGGACUGGACAGUGUCUGCACCCUUUGUCCUCCACUGUGGCUGGAUUGUGAACCGAUACAAAAGCUUACCGAUACAAAACGAUGUACAAAUGAAAAGCCCAAUAAAAAUCUUUGGAAAGGAGCCUGGAAGCUCCAAGAGGGA